UGACGUUUUAUUCGCAACAGCAUCCGCUUCGGGCUAGCUAGCUGAAGUAGCAAUAUAUCUUGAAGACCCUGAUGAAGUCAGACAACAUGGGGGCCGAAAUUAUCCGCCUCACCGUCUGAAACACAAGACAGUCUGGCUGCGGUGCGGUGCUUUACGAUGGACGAACUAAGUGCUGGUUUUUCUCUUGUUUUCCAGUUCUUUAUGUUUUCACCGGUUCAGCUGGCUAGCACGGCGGGCUAACUGGCUAAACCUUGACAAGUGCUUGUCUGACAGACUGCUGACGAAAAGAGAACUGUCAAAGGAGGAAAUGAUUAUAUCGUUAAAAAAAAGUAUCUAAGUGAUACCAGGAACGGCUGGCUUGGCGGGGCUGCUGGUUUUAAGUGAAUUUGUUGGUCAUGUGGAAAAGGGAGACAGUUUGAGGAGUGGGGCUACACCGCCUGGGUAGAUAUUUACAGGUGAGCCGGGGCAGACUUGGUCCAGUCGGCGCUGCUGGCUUUGGUUUCCCGGCUGUUUUUCCUCCGCCGGUGUUUCUUGUACCCUCAAGGGACCAGGAGUAACUCGAUAAGAGUAUGACUAGUGUGGUUGCUGCUGUUAAGUGAGGACUUUGUGUGAAAACAUGUGGGAAAUAAUAUUGUAAGCUUUAUUAUUAGACCACUGGACUCUCUUCAAUGUGUGUUCUGGUUUUGAGGGAGUCCUUUGUCGUCUCCGUGUGCCAACGUGUCACAUGUCUCGGUUACAUUAUGUUCGGUCCGGGUGACAGUUUGUUAAGUAAACAGGUGUGACAGGCCGGCACCUGCACUAGCUUUGCACGGGCACGUAUGCGUGCUGCACGGCUCAUAACCCUGGGUACGCCUUUAUCCGUUAUGCUUAGACAUCCGGCUUUACUUGAAAUAACAUUCCUGCAAACUACUGAAUGGGAAUUUUGACCGAGAUGUACUUUGUGGUUUUAUUAUUGUGGCCAACUAAGUGACAGGAUCGUUUCGUGGUGUUAUUUGUAACCAGUCAAGAAUAGCCAGUACUCCUCACUGAAGCCAUAAAGGUGUUUUAACAUGAUCUCAGAGGUAUAAACACAACACCUGCAGUGUGGGCUUGUGUUUCGCCGGUGUUUGUUGAGUGUAGUGGAAAGACUGAAUGUAUGCCAGUGGGCUGACUGAGAGCUAAACUUUAGUUGUAUGUGUGUCGCUGUGAUCUUGCCCACCUGCCACAAUGCCGCCUGUUUUGUUUUUGUCGCUGCUGCUUGGAGCAUUAUGCAGUCUAGGACAGGCCAUGUCCCGGGAGGAGAGGCACAGAUUGAGGAACCAAGUGGUUGAGAUGUUUGACCAUGCUUAUCAGAAUUACAUGGACCAUGCGUACCCAGCAGAUGAGCUGAUGCCUCUGACAUGCAGAGGAAGAGUACGUGGGCUUGAACCCAGCCGAGGUGAUGUGGACGACGCAUUGGGCAAGUUCUCUCUGACCCUAAUAGACACUCUGGAUACUCUUGUGCUGUUGAACAAGACAACAGAGUUUGAGGCUGCGGUGAGAAGAGUCCUGUCGGACGUGAGGCUGGACAAUGACAUCGUGGUGUCUGUCUUUGAAACAAACAUUCGUGUCCUGGGAGGUCUGCUGGGAGGGCACUCCAUGGCUAUGAUGCUGAAGGAUGGGGGGCAGCACAUGCUGUGGUACCAGGAUGAGCUCCUGCAUAUGGCCAAAGACCUGGGCCUCCGCCUGCUACCUGCCUUCAACACCAGCAGUGGCCUGCCUUACCCCAGAGUGAAUUUGAAAUACGGCGUCAGGGGUCCUGAGACAAGAACAGGCACAGAAACAGACACCUGUACAGCGUGUGCAGGGACCAUCAUCCUGGAGUUUGCUGCCCUAAGUCGCUUCACUGGAGAUCCUGUGUUUGAGGCCCAUGCCCGGAGAGCCCUGGACUUCCUGUGGGAGAAGAGACAGAGGAACAGCAAUCUGGUGGGAACCACCAUCAACAUCCACUCUGGAGAGUGGGUCCGCAGGGACAGCGGAGUGGGAGCAGGAAUUGACUCAUAUUAUGAAUACCUGCUAAAGGCCUACAUCCUCCUGGGAGAUGACCUGUUUUUGCAGCGUUUCAAUAUUCACUAUGCAUCCAUAAUGAAGUACAUCAGCCAGCCUCCUCUGCUGCUCGAUGUCCACAUCCACAAACCUCUGCUUCCUGCUCGCACCUGGAUGGACUCCCUUUUGGCUUUUUUCCCUGGCCUACAGGUGCUGAAGGGAGAUAUCCGUCCUGCCAUUGAGACCCAUGAGAUGUUGUAUCAAGUCACCAAGAAACACAACUUCCUGCCUGAGGCCUUCACUACUGAUUUCAGGGUACAUUGGGCCCAACAUCCCCUGAGACCUGAGUUUGCAGAGAGCACCUAUUUUCUCUACAAGGCCACAGGAGACCCUUACUACCUGGAGGUAGGUCGCACAGUUCUGGACAACCUCAAUCGCUUUGCCCGCGUUCCCUGCGGCUUUGCUGCCAUGAAGGAUGUCCGCACUGGGAGCCAUGAGGACCGAAUGGACUCGUUCUUCCUGGCUGAGAUGUUUAAAUACUUGUUCCUGCUGUUCGCGGACACCGAGGACCUUCCAUUUGACGUGGAGGACUACAUCUUCACAACAGAGGCACACCUCCUGCCCCUGUCGCUCUCCAUGGCCCCGACCUCUUCUGCCGCCACCAAUGCAACAACAGAGGAAGAGCUGGAUGACUCUAACUUUGAUUGGACAUGCCCUAACACCCGGCUCUUGUUUCCUGACCCUGCCUUCCCUCGGAACCUGCGAGAACCAAUCCGCAGCGCCGUGGACAAGAGUUGCCCCCGCCCUGCCCCUUACCGUGAGCCUGGUAUGGGCCGUCCUCCCCUGAGGGCUCAGGACUUCAUGGCAAACAACCCUGAACAUCUGGAGCUGCUGAGGAGGAUGGGAGUCAGCCUCAUCCACCUGAAGGAUGGCAGGGUGCAGCUGGUCCAGCAUGCUACACAGGCGGUGAGUGCGGUAGCAGCAGAGGAUGGCAUGCGAUUCAUGCAGGAGAUGAUGGAGCUGUCGAGCCAGCAGCAGAAAGAGCAGCUUCCUCCCAGAGCCAUCCAGAUUGUCUCACACCCCUUCUUUGGCAGAGUGGUACUGACCGCUGGCCCAGCUCAGUUUGGCACAGACCUCUCCAAAAGUGCCACAGGGGUGCGAGGCUUCGUGACAGUGGCUGAGCCGUAUAGUGGCUGCUCCGAGCUGGCCAAUGCUGAGUAUGUCCAGGGCCGCAUCGCCCUCCUCCAGAGGGGUCAGUGUAUGUUCGCUGAGAAGGCCCGACACAUCCAGAAAGCUGGCGCCAUUGGGGGCAUCGUCAUCGACGACAACGAGGGCAGCAGCAGCGACACGGCCCCACUGUUUCAGAUGGCCGGGGACGGCCGCAACACGGAUGACAUCACCCUGCCUCUCCUCUUCCUGUUCCACAAGGAGGGCAACAUCCUGAUGGAGGCGCUGAAGGAGUACAAGGAGGUGGAGGUGCUGCUGAGUGACAAGGCCAGGGACAGAGCAGCCAUUUUCAAAGGUAAACCUCUCCCUGGCAGCCUUAUUGAGAGCAGCAUGGAUGCACAAGAAAAGGAAGACUGCUCAACUGAGGGGACUUCUCCUGCCAAUUCAGGUCCUAUUGACCAAUCACAGAUGAGUACAAUGGAGACGGAUGAAUCUGCUCCUGAGGAGGUUAAUCCUUCAGAAGAGAGCGUAAGCCCUCCAGACGAAGAAGUUAGUCCUUCAGAUGAAGUUAGUCCAUCAGAGGAGGGAGCUAGUCCCUCAGAAACACACCAUGAGCCCAAAGUAGAGAGAGACUCUGAGAAGAGAGAGGAGCCUGAGGGCGACACAGACUUGAGCAGCCAAUCAGUGGAUGAAUUGCUAGCUGACUGGCGAGAGGACUUGGAGGCAUUCCAGCAGAUGGAAAAGGAUGAACUCUGACGGUCGUCCGAGACACUGUACUCUGUGAUGCCUCCAUGACUGUGCUAUGAUCCCACCAUGGGAUUAACCUGGAGGCAAUGCAUCUUCAGAUGCCACCACCUAAAAGAUGAACUCAAAGGAUACUUGUAUGAGUGAAGAGAAAUCUUUUUUUGGGUUAGGCUUGGUUGAAAACGAGAAAUGUAAAUGACUGUUUUUCCUCCAUGGAUGGCAUUAUGUGCCAAGGCAGCCGACAUAUCUCUGGACCAUAAGGGAGUCCCCUCAGCCUGGUAGAUGUCUGAUGCUUGAGACACCAUGGUUCUCACCUCACCUUCUCACAUUUUCUGUGUGCCUGUCAUAACAUGCCCUUAUGACUGACUAUGCUAUGGACCACACUGUAUGUAACAAUGUGUCUCACUUUCCAGUCGGGUCUUGUUUAAUCGCCACGUCAUCUUUCUCUGUAUGCAUUUCUGACUUUUACUUAAACGGUAACUCAUCGUGAAUGCUGGUUACACAACUACUCUCACUGAUUAAUUCAUUGACUGGUUGAUUUUAUUUAAAUAUAAUGAGAUUAUUAUGUGUUGAUGCAGCGUUUACUGUUCUUUUGUUGAGCCUAAUCAUGUGUACAAUAUGAUGUUAGCAUGAUGUGAGUGGAGGACUGUGUUGAUUGGUGGGGUCAGUAACAUGGAAUAGUCUCCAUGAUCUUAUCGUGGUCGACGCCAAACCUGUUCGCUGUGGAAGAUAUAUGAAGUCAUAUGUUAAUGUAAAUAUGUACUUGUCCAGAUAUAUUGACUAAAAUAAUCUAGCGCCGCUUUGCUCAGGUUCUGGUCAGUCUGAUCAGAUCACCCCACCAUCACAACCCUCUGGACCACAUGGGGUUGAGUGGACCCACCCUCAAUGUGUUGCAGUGGUGACUACGGAGCCAAUUAAAACACCGCCACAGGGGGGCGCUGUGUGAUCUGUCAUGCUGGAGCUGCUGACUGACCGGAGGGUGGAACCAAGCAAAAAUAAGCCAAUAACUUAACACGAUGAAAUUUAAUAAAAAUUGAUAAGAAAA